CUACAAAUCUGGGAUUUUUUAUUACUUCUUUUUUACUAAACUUGGGCUCCUUUUUUUUUUUUUUUUGCUCGACUUUUUCCUCCCUUUUUUUCCCCUCCCUCCUGUGCUGCUGCUUUUUGAUCUCUUCAACUUUAAAUUUUUUAAAAGGAGUGCAUUAUAAUCGGUUCUGUUCUCUCUUCUCUUUUUUUUUCCCCUCUGGUGUGUGUGUGUGUUGCUGCUGCUGCUGGUCGCCCAGUAUUUAUACCAACCCAACGCUCUUUGUUUCCCCUCCUUUUGGAUCUGUUGAGUUUCUUUGUUGAAUAAGACAGCAUGGGUGCCCAGUUCUCCAAGACCGCUGCAAAGGGCGAAGCCUCCGCCGAGAAACCUGGGGAAGCAGUGGCUGCAUCUCCAUCCAAGGCGAAUGGACAGGAGAACGGCCACUUGAAGGUGAACGGCGACGCCUCCCCCGCGGCGGCGGAGGCGGGCAAGGAGGAGGUGCAGGCGAACGGCAGCGCGCCCGCCGAGGAGACGGGCAAAGAGGAGGCGGCCUCGUCGGAGCCCGCCUCCGAGAAGGAGGCGGGAGAGGCGGAGAGCACCGAGCCGGCCUCCCCGGCGGAGGGCGAGUCCUCCCCCAAGACUGAGGAGGGCGCGACCCCCUCGUCCAGCAGCGAGACCCCGAAAAAAAAAAAGAAGCGCUUUUCCUUCAAGAAGUCCUUUAAGCUCAGCGGCUUCUCCUUCAAGAAGAACAAGAAGGAGGCCGGCGAGGGGGCCGAGGGCGAGGGCGGCGCCGCCGCCGCGGCGGCGGAGGGCGGGAAGGAGGAGGCGGCGGCCCCCGAGGCGGCGGGCAGCGAGGAGGGCAAGGCGGCCGCCGAGGAGGCGAGCGCGGCCGGCAGCGCCGAGGCGGCGAAGGAGGACGCGGGGGACUCGCAGGAGGCCAGAUCGGACGAGGCCGCCCCCGAGAAGGCGGCGGGAGAAGAGGCCCCGGCAUCGGCGGCGGCCGAGGAGCAGCAGCCGCCUCAGCAGGCAGCGGAGGGGAAGGCGGAGGAGGCGGCGGGCGCCGGCCCCGCCACGAAUGAGGCGGGCAGCGGCGAGCAGGAGGCGGCCCCCGCGGAGGAGCCGGCGCGGCAGGAGCCCCCCGCCGAGAGCAGUCCCGAGGGACCCGCCGCCGAGUCGGCGGAGUAGUCAGCGCCGCCGCCGCCCCUCGCCGACGGACUUUUCUUCCCCCCUGUUUGUUUUUGGAGUGGUGCCAGGUACUGGUCUCGGAGAACUUGUCUACAACCAGGGAUUGAUUUAAAAGAUGUCUCGUUUCUUUUUUUUCUCUCCCCCCGCAGCUCCCAUCUCAAAUCGUUAUAUGUUGCCGCCAUUCCAACGGGCGGAGGGGGGCUCCCCUCCGCCUUCCUCUCACAUCCUUUAUAUUUUGGUUUUUUUGGGGUUUUUUUUUCAUCAGUAUUAAUGUUUCGUUUUGGUUGGUUCGGUUUUUUUUUUCGUUGGUUUUUUUUGCUUUUUAAAAUUUUGUUCGUUUAUUUUUUAGUUUCAUACCUUGCAACUCUCUUCAUAUUAUAAAACUUUUGCCGAUCGGUCUAUGGACAUGCCCAUAUAUGAAGGAGAUGGGUGGGUCAAUAAGGGAUAUCAAAUGAAGUGACAGGGGCCGCAGUGGGGAACCCGGGGCGCGCAGCCCUUGCCGGGAGCGCGCCCCGCCAGAAAUGAUGUAAGGGGUUAGUCUUUUUUUUAAAAGAAAGUUAUUACGAUGUAUUUUGUGAGGCAGAUGUUCUAUAAGGUUUACAACACUACAAGUCUUGAUUAAGAAGGAAAGGAAAAAGGAAAAAAAAAAAAAUAAAAAUCAAUACCCAGAUAAAGAGAUCAUAGUCUUAGAAAUUCAUUUAAACCAUAGGAACUUUUCACUUAUCUCAUGUUAGCUGUAUCAGUCAGUGAUUAAGUAGAAAUACAAGUUGUAUAGGCUUUAUUGUUUAUUGCUGGUUUAUGACCUUAAUAAAGUGUAAUUAUGUAUUACCAGCAGGGUGUUUUUAACUGUGACUAUUGUAUAAAAAAAACAAAUCUUGAUAUCCAGAAGCACAUGAAGUUUGCAACUCUUUCCACCCUGCCCAUUUUUGUAAAACUGCAGUCAUCUUGGACCUUUUAAACACAAAUUUUAAACUCAACCAAGCUGUGAUAAGUGGAAUGGUUACUGUUUAUACUGUGGUAUGUUUUUGAUUACAGCAGACAAUGCUUUCUUUUCCAGUUGUCUUUGAAAAUAAAGGAAAACUCUUCAGAUGCAAUGUUUUUUUUUUUUUUUUUUUGUGUAGCAUCUUGUCUAUCAUGUUUUUGUAAAUACUGGAGAAGCUUUGACCAAUUUGACUUAGAGAUGGAAUGUAACUUUGCUUACAAAAAUUGCUAUUAAACUCCUGCUUAAGGUGUUCUAAUUUUCUGUGAGCACACUAAAAGCGAAAAAUAAAUGUGAAUAAAAUGUAUAA